AUGGCAGUCAAGGAGAUGCUAAUUGUAUUUGUAUAUGAUCUAGAAUACUGCCAAAAUGAACAGGAUGAUCCAUUGAAAGCGAUUAAGUACUUCCAUCCAUCUUGGGUUUCUGAGCAGCAAAAAAUGGCAUUAUGUGGACAACUCGUUGGAAUGCUGAAUUUCUGUUCAGAUUUUGAGGAAGUGAAUUGUAUAAGCUUGCAGAAUGGCAAGUUUAGAAUUGAGCAAUUUGGACGAUUCAUAUUGGCACUUGGAACAGACCGAAAUAUUCAGGAAUCAUUGCUUAAUCAUCGAGCUGAAUUAAUGACGAAAAUUCUAAGACUAUACCAUAAUGAUAUCAAUGAUAUUUUUGAACAUUUUAGUGAUCCAAAGAAUUUCUCAGACAAACUUUAUCAUAUAUUUGAAACUUACUUACCCGUACUUCAAUAUAAUAGUAAUCUAUUACAAAAUAUAUAUAAACUGUACUUGCCAAAAAGUACGAGCAAUUUGUUCCUUGAUGCAACUCAGAUACUGGAAAAUGCAGCAUGCAAACCAAAUAUCUUAGGUGGAUGUAUUUUAUAUAAUAACAAAGUAAUAUCCACUCAAUUGUCUAUUGAUCUCACAAAGAUUCUCGUUGCAACAGAUCCAGUCAGAAUUAAAACUACAGCUGAAGUCGCUAAAAAUAUCGAUUUUCACAUUCCUUUCGGUUCUCAAAUCAUUAAAGUUUACAUUUCUGUUAAUGAAUAUCAUAGAUUGCAGCAAAAGAAGAAUAAAAUGAGUGAAGCUACAUCAUUAGGCGUUCAAAACACUUUGCCAUUGCCAUUCUCGAUUAAAAAGAAAAACAAAGAAUCAUCAACAUUAAUGAAACGAGAUAAAUCGUUAAUCUUUUCAAACAUUCCAGAAGAAGAAGUCUUAAUUGAGAUCCCAUCACCAGUUGAAAAGAUUCGAACAAAUAGACCGAAUCAUUUACCAUUAAAGUUUAAAACAAUUCCACCAGAAUCAGGCAUAGCAUCGAUUGUUUCAUUUGAUGAGUCAGACUCAUAUCCAGACUUUAUUGGAAAAGCAAGCAUUGCAAGUACUCCGAUGACUGAGAAUAAGAUUCUUGCUGGACCAAUUCAGUCAAUAUUUGCUAAAUCAAUAGAAACUACUCAAGCAGCUUUAUUCGGUGAGGUUAAUGCGAGUGAAAUUAAGCCACUCGUUAAAGAAAAGUCAAGAGAAAUACCAAAAGAAUGGGAAAAUGUUUACAUAGCUUUUGCACACAAUCCAUUUAAGAGUCAGCUACAGUGGAAGAAGAAGUCAUGGGAUGAUUUAAGAAUUAAUGAUGAUGAAAAUAGUAGUUCAUAUAAAGUCUAUGAUACAAUAACAGAUCCAAUUUAUCCAAUAUUUAGUGAUAAAAAGAUGCCAAUGUCAAAGACUCUUUUUGAUGAUUUUCAAUCUUUACAUAAUCCGAAUGUCAACGAACUCAAGCCACUUCCAAUUGAAGAGAAAAAUUUAAUGAAAUUAAAGAGCUUACCACAAAAGAUUUUCGAAGCUGAUCCAAUGAUUAUGAAAAGAUCGGAUAUUAAAAACAGUCCAAAUAGGAUUAUGCGGAAUCAAAAGAAGAAAUUAUUAAAAUUGCCAAUUAAGUCAUGUUCAUUAGAUCUCUCCGAUCCCGGAAAGCCGUCAACAAGUAAAGCAGCAGCAGCAGAAAACACAUCAAUUUUCGAUUCGCCAUCCACAAAGACAAAGAAGAACAUGGGUGGUUUACAACUUACACCAUUAAUGUCAAAAUUAACACUCUUGGCCAUGAGUGAAAAUGAAAAUUUCUCCAGUGGAUUUUCGAGCUUUGAUUUACCAACUCCAACUUAUUAUGAUACACCAACCGAUAACACAAAUCGUACUUUAUUUAAUCGUUUGUCUAAAGUUGAUGAAGAGAAACAUGAAGAUAAUACAGUUGAUGAUGUUAAUGAACAGUCAAAUGAAAUGAAACGUGUGGAUUUGUUGGUAAUCGGACAUCAAAAUAUGACAUUAAUGGUGAUUGCUGAUGAGAAUUUGUGUGAUGAGUUAAUGGUUCAGCAAAUGUUUGAAGUUUGCCUCAAUCGAUUAACUCGUUUGGAGUCAAAAUUGAAUGAAGUUAUUAACGUGACUGUGGAUUUAAAGGCAAGUGAAUAUUCAUUCAUGACAUUUGAUCAUACUUGGAAUGUCUUACAACGCAGCGGAACGUAUGAUCAACAAACUGCAAUAUUAAUACAUGACAACUUUACAGCAAAUAAAAAUAUCUCUGACGUUAUUGUCAGAACUAAUGAUUCAUUAAUAUAUGGUCACAAUUCCGGUGGUCUUGAAGUGUUUUAUCAACAUCCAGCUAAACAACAAAGUGGCUUUUUAGCACCUUCAGAAUUCACCAUAAUUUCUCAAGCCAAGAGAAAGUUGGAACGCGAUCAAUCUAUUGUUCUUUUCUAA